AUGUUUCCUGGAGAGUCAGAGCAGUGGACAGAUGGUUUCGGUGGGCGUCUCGACGGCACGUCGGCUGAGGGCAAGGGCAAGGGCAAGGCGAAAAGGGAGCCGCUGGAAUUGGAGCCACCGAACAUCCCCAUGAAGUUUGGUGGUGGCCAGAAACGCAAGCGGUACGAUUUGGAAUUCAGAGUAAACACCAUUAAGUACGCGACCAUACAAAGCUCGGGAGCGCAGGGGCCUAAUGGAACCAUCGGUGUGUCGUAUGCGCAACGAGUGCUUGGGAUUCCCGAGAAGAUCGCACUCUCAGCGUGGAUAAAAGACAGAACGAAAUACGAGAAGCAGCUGGAAAAGGCAGACCAGCUCGGGGCCAAAGGCAAGCAAAAAGCCCGGANCAUCGGUGUGUCGUAUGCGCAACGAGUGCUUGGGAUUCCCGAGAAGAUCGCACUCUCAGCGUGGAUAAAAGACAGAACGAAAUACGAGAAGCAGCUGGAAAAGGCAGACCAGCUCGGGGCCAAAGGCAAGCAAAAAGCCCGGAGCGUAAAGUCGUUUAACACGCUGAGGGUUCGGUCAAACGCGGAGGCCGAGCUCGAAGUUCGCGGCUGGAUCAGCGAUGUUCGUUCGGAAGCCAUCUCUGCCCGCGUCUCUAAAAGGAUGAUCAAGAACAUGGCGGCAUCGCUUAACUCGCUUUGGUUCGGCCCGAGGCCUGCAGCGAACGACCUGAAGGGCAGUAGAAAGUACCGCAACAAGCAGACAAUGGUGCAGGAGGUUUCCAAGAACCGGUUGUNGUCGUUUAACACGGGGAGGGUUCGGUCAAACGCGGAGGCCGAGCUCGAAGUUCGCGGCUGGAUCAGCGAUGUUCGUUCGGAAGCCAUCUCUGCCCGCGUCUCUAAAAGGAUGAUCAAGAACAUGGCGGCAUCGCUUAACUCGCUUUGGUUCGGCCCGAGGCCUGCAGCGAACGACCUGAAGGGCAGUAGAAAGUACCGCAACAAGCAGACAAUGGUGCAGGAGGUUUCCAAGAACCGGUUGUCAUUCCGGGCGGUUACCAGGCAAGGCCAAAAACUCCCUUCCGGGUGGCCUGCGAUUGCCAUGAAAACCGUCAAGGAAUGGAGGGCACUUCGUCACGGAGGAAUCGACGGUGGGGGAGGACGGGGCACGGGAGGGGCAGCGAGCAAAAAAGUGGCCAUCAAAACCGAUGGAAAGGAAAAGUUGCGGAUUACUGCCGUGCUUGCAGCAAACAUGAAGGGCGGCAAACUCCCGCCGCUGCUCAUCUUCAAGGGUAGGCCCACGGCGCGGGGAAAACCCCCCGCUGCAAACAGCGUCGAGCGAGAGUUUAAGGUGGGCAAGGACAAGAAGGGGGUAGCAUACCCUCAGAGCGUUGUGUACGCCGUGCACGACAAGGCGUGGCACACGCAGCGCGUAUUCAGGCAUGUUUGGCUCCCCCAACCGGACACGCUGCUAUCGUGGGACGAUUUCACCGUGCACAAGACAGCCCUAUGCAAGGAAGCGAUGGACAAGUCCAACACAACGCUGUUUUUCGUCCCCGACGGCCUAACGCCCAAGAAGGACGCCGUGCGCAACGACCGCGGCUACCCGGAGCCCCCAUCGAGGGGAUUGCUCGCGCAGUGGGUGAAGAAUGCGUGGGAUAAAGUGGACCCUGAGAGCAUCCGUUCGAGCUGGAGGAAGGCUGGCAUGACCCUUGCCUUCGAUGGGUCUGAAGACGAGGCGUGGGGCAACAAGGAGCUCAACUCCGACGCUCAAGGGAACCCACUUCGUGCAGACGGCGACGCGGCCGCUGCCGGCGUGGAGGAGGCUGGCCCAUCGGAGGAGGGGGAGCCGAUGGCACACUUGUUGGAGGUGUUGGAAAUCGACGACGAUGACAGCACGGGAGAUGGCGAAGGCAUCGAUGACCCGGAGGUUGAGAUCAUGGCAGACUUGCCGGGGCGGACGUUAUUUGCAUAG